AGUUUUCAGCCUGACUUAGUGGUCAGUAGGGACCAUCAGACCUAGGGUCUUGAGCCUUUAUCCACAGCCAUGGGUCAGGUAUGUCAGUCAUUUAAGUCGCUGAUGCAGCUGCAGCUGCAAGACGAGAAGCUUCCGCCUUUGCUGUCCAGUUUCGAUAUGGAGGGCAUUGCCGGAUACAUUGCCGAGAAAGGGUGCAAGCAGGUGGUCGUGAUGUGUGGUGCUGGUAUUUCCACCUCUGCAGGCAUCCCUGAUUUCAGAACCCCAGGAACUGGUUUGUACGAUAACCUGCAGCGCUUCAAUUUACCACGGGCAGAAUCCAUCUUCGAAUUGAAGUUCUUCCGCAAAACGCCUCAAGCCUUCUACGAGUUGGUGCGCGAGUUGUGGCCCGGAAACUACGAGCCAACCCCAGCGCAUUACUUUCUGCGGCUCUUGAACGAGAAGGGGAUUCUUCGUCGAUGUUACACACAAAACAUCGAUAGCUUGGAAGGACGUGCAGGUCUUCCGGCUGAAAAGUUGGUAGCUGCCCAUGGCAAUUUCGAUGAAGCUCAUGUCAUUGACACUUGGCCUGAGAUCAAAGUUCCCGUCCAUGAGCUAAAAAGGGCUCUUGACGCCGGCGAAGAAGGCUGGAAAGAGUUGAAAAAGGCGAAGGGUGGCUUGGUGAAGCCUAAAAUCGUGUUCUUUGGUGAAGCAUUGCCAGAUAGAUUCAAUCGCUUGCACAUGACGGACUUGGCCGCUUGUGAUCUCUUGAUCGUGAUGGGAACUUCACUGGUGGUAUAUCCCUUCGCUGGGCUUGUUGGCGUGGCCAACAAAAGUGCACCGCGACUGCUGAUCAAUCGAGACCAAGCAGGCACAUGCGACACCCUGGAGUCUGGCUUCCGUUUCCACUUGCAGGGUGAAGACAAUUGGCGGGAUGUGUUUCACAAAGACGAUUGCGACGCGGGGUGUAGAACAUUGGCAGAACAUCUUGGAUGGAAAGAUGAUUUGGAAGCGCUGAUUCAAUCUGAGGGGCGAGUUUCUGUAUGCAAUGCCCCCUGGGUUUGAGGAAUAGGGCGAUUGCCCAAUAGAGGC